AUGAGGCGGUUGCGCUGGCAAGUGGCGGCCGCAGCGGCCGUGGGGCUCGCGCUGGCCCUGGAGGCGCUGGCCCCGGUGCUGCGCUGGCUGUGGGGCGGGCGGCGGCGGCCGCGGCACGAGGUGCUCUUCUUCCCGUCGCAGGUGACCUGCACGGAGGCCCUGCUGCAGGCCCCGGGCGCGAAGCCGUCGGCGGCCCCCGCGGGCCCCGGGUCCCCCGGGGGCUGCCAGUGCAGCCUGCCUCACUGCGAGAGCGCGCUGAGCCGCCUGCUGCGCGCCCUGCUGGCCGCCCGCGCCAGUCUCGAACUCUGCCUGUUUGCCUUCUCCAGCCCGCAGCUGGGCCGCGCCGUGCAGCUGCUGCACCAGCGAGGCGUGCGCGUGCGGGUCAUCACCGACUGCGACUACAUGGCGCUCAACGGCUCGCAGAUCGGCCUGCUCCGCAAGGCAGGUAUUCAGGUUCGGCAUGAUCAAGACCUGGGCUACAUGCACCACAAGUUCGCAAUUGUGGACAAGAAGGUGCUGAUCACUGGCUCACUCAACUGGACCACCCAAGCCAUCCAGAACAACAGAGAGAAUGUUCUGAUUAUGGAGGAUGAGGAAUAUGUGAAGCUUUUCCUGGAAGAAUUUGAGCGUAUUUGGGAAGAGUUUAACCCUACAAAGUAUACUUUUUUCCCCCAAGAAAAGAAAACUCAGUGAAGUCAUGCUCUAAACUCCGCCUUCAGUGUGAGCGGGGCGAGUUGUUUCAGUGCUGGGCACUCCUGGCACCUGCAGAGAAGGGGCUGAGCCAGCCUCCCCUCUGGAGCCGCCCAAGUGUGGGGACAGCUCCAGCGUGGGCUCUGCCCCUUAGAAUGGGAGAAGGGUCCCAUCAGAAAAAAAUCAUUUGUACUGAAUCCUUGUUCAUUAAAGUCCUGAAUUAAAGAAUGUUUGGGGUUUAAAAGGAAAGGGAGAUUGCUGUCACAUGGGGUCAGUUUUGGUGGCUUUAUGAGUGAAACGAGAAGCAGGUCAUAGUGUGGCCUGCCAAGCCAUUCGGACGGAGCCCUUUUGCUUUGUUGUUUUUCUCCACCCUGAGUAAACGGAGCGACAACUUUUUAUCAGGUGUGCUCUCCAAGAACCUUACCUGGCGUCCUGGUUUAGAAUCGGAGGGUUUCUCUUUCUGCUGCAGCUUUAAUGAACACUAGGGUUGAAACUGUAGGAUUCCUUUUUCUGAUUCUAGAACAUCUUCUGCUUUGGCUGAUUUUCAUCCAGCUCAGCCCUUGCAGUAUUUCCCUGAAAGCGUUUCUUUCUUCUCCCUUUGAACUAGCGUCUUUCUCUUCUAGCACAGCCAAACCUUUUAAAAACAAGAAUGUUUCUGGGACUGGUUAGAGGCUGACAGUCUCUUCAUCCCCGGUGUCACAAGAUCCUUGGAUGGUUAUCGGCAGGGAAAAAAGGAGAGGAGGCCAGGAGCAAGAAAGGGGGAGAGGAGCCAGUGCAAGUGAUUGUGACAUGCGGGUGGGCGUGCCUGGCGUGGUGGUGUGCCUUAGUCCCUUUAGACCACGGCAGACUCGUCUGUCUGAGCAUCAGUUGCCCCUGCGACAGAGGUCACGGUCUUAGGAGGGUUUCCUUGCCUAAUUACUCUUCAAAGCAGACAGACGUGAAAAUGUUCAUACUCGGAAGCGCACUGUCUGUGGUCACUCGGUAACGUACUGUGAUCUGUCGGUAAGCAUCACAGGCAGCCUGAAGUUGCCUUCUGUUUCCACAUGUUAUGCUCUUAAUUUUUUAACAUUCUCACAUCCAGAGUAGUUAUGUGUUCGGAAGUGACACGUAACACCUGAACACCUGUGGACUAGCUGAUUCACAGAUUUGGCUCAGUCUAAGUAAUCAUGCAUUAUGGACCAUUUUGGAGGAAGACAUCUGAGGAGAGAGAAACAGUCUCAGGCUUCUGGUGCCCUACCUGCCUGUCUCUGUUCCCAGCUCAGGGCUGUGUACCUCCUGGGUGUGAUGGAGCUUGCUCAGUGGAGCCACGUGCUGUCAGACGCCUGGCGUGGCCCCCCCAACAGUUUUCUCGAAGGUUCUUGGUGGUUUUUGCAUUUACAGGUAUUUCGAAGAACAGGUGUCUUAAAUCCAUCUGCGGAAAUGUCACAGGCUACUUUUCCACUAUGUGUGUCCGACGCAGAGUGAGCUUGAAUAGCCAUCUGCCUGAAUUAUCAUAACUCCUUGUUGUAUCUCCAUCUGUGUGCCCUGUGUGACCCAUCCUGACGUCCGUUUGGCGUGUCCACAGGCCCCGCCUUCCGUACUUCACACCAGUGUUACCACCCAUGUGAUGGGUUUCUUCUUGAAGUUAAGUUUUAGGCAGGUAAACUUGCAGUUAAUUUUUCUUAUUGGAGCUGUAAAGUACACUGCAUGGAUCGAAAAUCACAAAAAAUGGUUUUAUACUGUGUGUUCUUUCCUCUGAGUCUGUACAUUCCGGCAGCUUGUGUACUGAAAAGAAAAUGGGAGAUGUUAGAGACUGUCUCCUGAGUAAUGAAACAGUGUUAUCUCGAACUUUUGCCUUAUUUGAAUAAAUGUGUCCUUAUUCUGUAAUGUUUAUGCUGUGUAUCUUUACCUUAGCAUAUUGCUAAGUCAUUCAAAUCGUGGCUACCCUUUAUUAAAUAAAUAAAACUUUGUUUUGGAUGGGGGGAAAUACCUAGCUAUUUAGAAACUGUUGGUUAAGUUAAAAACUUCACAAAGAGAAAUCAGAUUUGUUUUAAGGACUUAUUUGGGAACCUCCUAGGUUAAAAUAUUUUUAAAAUGCUCAAGUGUACUUUGGUGCUAUUUCUGCACCUACAAAAUAGAGCCAUAUUUUCAGUCACUUUUCCUUAUGUCUGAUCACAACCUGUGAUUGUGGGCAACUCACUUCCCCGGUGGGACCCAGCGUUACUUGCAGUUCCUGGUUCUCAGUUAUAA